UCCUCCGCCUCCUCCUCCUCCUCGUCGGGCCGUCAUGGCGCUGGCGAGGGCUCUGCGGCCGGCGGCGGGUCUUCCUCAGCGGAGGCUUCUGCUGCUGGCGGCGGCGGCAACGGCGACUCCUCGCAGGCUUCAGCAGGUUCCCCCAGUAUUAGAACAUCAGAGUUCAAGGAGAUACUAUUCAAGGCACCUGCUAGACGCUGCAAAGAAUCUUCAGGGCUGGUCACAGAUUGAUAAAAGAACAUGCUGGCAUGGACAUGCAGGUGGAGGACUGCACUCGGAUCCAAAGGCAGGGUUGAAAGAAGUAGAUGGAAAGAAGAUCCUCAAAGCUAUGGUGUCCUACGUGUGGCCCAAAGACCGGCCUGACCUACGUGCUAGAGUUGCCAUAUCAUUGGGCUUCUUAGCUGGAGCCAAGGCUAUGAAUAUAGUGGUUCCCUUCAUGUUUAAGUAUGCAGUGGAUAACCUCAACCAGAUGUCUGGAAAUGUUCUGAACCUGAAUGAUGCACCAAAUACAGUGGCAACCAUGGCAACCGCUGUUCUGAUUGGCUAUGGCCUUUCACGAGCGGGAGCUGCUUUAUUUAAUGAAGCUAGAAAUGCUGUAUUUGGGAAGGUUGCCCAGAACUCCAUUAGAAGGAUAGCAAAGAAUGUCUUUCUCCACCUGCAUAAUCUGGACUUGAGUUUCCACCUUAGCAAGCGGACUGGAGCAUUGUCAAAAGCCAUUGACCGCGGAACGCGAGGCAUCAGUUUCGUUCUCAGUGCUUUAGUAUUCAAUUUGGGACCCACCUUGUUUGAAGUGGCACUCGUUAGUGGAAUUUUGUAUUAUAAAUGCGGAGCACAGUUUGCGCUAGUAAGCCUGGGGACACUGGGAGCUUACACAAUGUAUACAAUAGGAGUUACGCAGUGGAGGACUAAAUUUAGGAUAGAAAUGAACAAAGCAGAUAAUGAUGCAGGUAAUGCUGCAAUUGACUCACUGCUGAACUAUGAAACUGUGAAGUAUUUCAAUAACGAAAAGUACGAAGUCCAGCGGUACGAUGGGUUUUUGAAGUCCUAUGAAAAUUCUUCAUUGAAGACUACCUCUACUCUUGCUUUGCUUAACUUUGGACAAAGCGUCAUCUUCAGCGUUGGUCUAACAGCCAUCAUGGUGCUGGCCAGUCAGGGAAUUGUUGCAGGUAACCUGACUGUUGGUGAUCUGGUAAUGGUGAAUGGAUUGUUGUUCCAACUUUCCCUGCCCCUUAAUUUCUUGGGAACGGUGUACAGAGAGACCAGGCAAGCUCUCAUAGACAUGAACACCUUGUUCACUCUGCUUAGCAUAGACACAAAAAUCAAAGAUAAAGAGCUGGCUCCGCCCCUGCAGAUCACACCACAGACUGCUACCAUCGCCUUUGAUAACGUGCACUUUGAAUACCUUGAGGGGCAGAAAGUUCUCAGUGGCGUAUCUUUUGAAGUCCCUGCAGGAAGGAAAGUGGCCAUUGUAGGAGGCAGUGGGUCAGGGAAAAGCACAAUAGUAAGAUUAUUAUUUCGUUUCUAUGAACCGCAAAAGGGCGGUAUCUACGUUGCUGGCCAGAACAUACAAAACAUCAGCUUGGAAAGCCUGAGAAAGGCCAUAGGAGUUGUACCGCAGGAUGCUGUUCUCUUCCACAAUUCCAUCUACUACAACCUCUUGUACGGCAAUGUCAAUGCCUCUGCAGAGGAGGUCUACGCUGUGGCAAAGUUGGCAGGGAUCCAUGAUGCUAUUCUCAGGAUGCCCAACGGGUACAGCACCCAAGUAGGGGAGCGAGGCCUGAAGCUGUCAGGAGGAGAAAAACAAAGAAUUGCUAUUGCUAGAGCCAUCUUGAAGAAUCCUCCAAUUAUCCUGUAUGAUGAAGCUACUUCGUCUUUAGAUUCAAUUACGGAAGAGCACAUUUUGAGUGCCAUGAGGGACGUGGUGAGACACAGGACAUCCGUCUUCAUUGCACACCGAUUGUCAACAGUGGUCGAUGCAGACGAAAUCAUUGUGCUGGACCAGGGUCAAGUCGCAGAGCGCGGGCGGCAUCUGGAUCUCCUCACCAGCCCCAGCAGCCUUUACUACGAAAUGUGGCACACGCAGAGCAGCCGAAUGCUGAGCAGGAACGUCAGCGACCGGUGGGAAGAGAGGAACAAUCACAUGUCCAAAGAGGAAGAGAGGAAGAAGCUGCAGGAGGAGAUCAUCAACAGCGUGAAAGGCUGCGGAAACUGUUCUUGCUGAGCAUGAGCCCGGCAGGCCUCUCCCUGAGGCCCUGAUUCUACUGGUUAAACGGAGACGCAGACGUUUGCACUGAAGCUGGUUUCUGCAUUUGACGGAAUCAACAACCCAGGCCACGGCAGUGGCUUUGCGAGAAGGCUUUUCUCAGCGGAAGGCUGGUUUUUAACCAAAGGAUUUUAGUUCUGCCUCUUGGCGUCCCUGAUAGCAACGAGAUGGGGGAAGCUUGUUGAAACCUUGACAUGCCUGAUCGCUGAUCGCUUUGGAGGACCUCAGACCCACGUGCAUCUUUUUCGGCAGUUCCCUGCUGUUUGGGCGGAGUAGAAUUGUCUGGACAUCAUUGUGACGUGUGCUUUUCCUCUGCUCUUCACCACAAAGGGUGGGUUAAAACUGUCCUUCAUCUGUUUCCACAAAGGUUAAUUUAACUGGACCGUGCAUGUUGUGUUGGUGAAGCUGUUAACAUUCUUGGAAUAACUGUUUUGAUAGAAUUUGUAUCUUUUUACAAAAGAUAAUGCACAUCGUUGGUUAUAACGAAUUCUAAGCAGAGAGAUUUCUGUUUUGUCCUUCACUCUACUCCUAAUUUGUCUGAGUCCCACUAAACUCGAGGAGGCCGGAGGCUACAAAAUCACUAACAAACAUGUGUACCUUCCGAUCAGUAACUCUUACAAAGCGCAAUAAUAAAGACCAUGAUAAUGGUAUCUCCUGUAAUUGCUAUUUGUAGCAGUGCUCAAGGAAAUUAUUUUAAUACGUUUCAAAGAGAAUCCACUACCAGUAUUGUGAUUGUUUUAGCUGGGUUUGUGGUUUAAACCAUGUUUGUGAGACAGAAUGUUUUCACACUAAUGGAAGUAGUUUGGGACUACCUAUGAAUUGAACCCAGUUUUGCAGCAAAGACAUUACAUGUUUUUAAAAAUAUAGACUGGUACAAAAGGUGUCCUUGAUUAAAACUCACAAUUCAGUGGAUAUUACAGGACAAACGUGACAGCUCUACCUUGCUAACAUGUUUAAGUUUAAAAUUACUUUAAUUAAGCAGAUGGCUCCUCGUCUCUGAAUAGAUCUUUUCUUUGAAUUUGUGAAGAGAAUAGCACAGGGCUGACAAAUGUAAUUUGAAAAGGUAGAGAAGUGCUUUAUCUCCUUUUCUCAGUCCUGCCCAGCCUCAUUGUGAACUCUUUGGAGGAAAGGAAAUAAUAAUAUCUGCUGCUAUAUAUGGGGGAAUUGUGUAUGUAGCUUGUAUUUUCUGAAAUAGACUUGUGGUCUGAGUGUGGAAUUA